AUGCAAUUUUCAAUGGGAAUGAAUCCUAUUUUAUCCAUCCUUCUAUUUUUGUCAGUGGCUGAAACAAAAUUUUACAGACCUUUCCAGUUUAAUCAGUACAAAUCUGGGCUCAGUCCACAUCAUGACCAAGGGAAACCCACCAGCAGACACAAAAAUCACUGUGCCUAUGUGGUUGAGAAGACAGUGUCCUUCACUGUGCAGGAUGGGGCAGCACCCUAUGUAAAAGCAGAGUACAACAAGUGUUCCUGGGGUCAGAAAUGUCCAACUCUUCUGUAUCGCCUGAUGUACAAACCAAUGUACAAGGUGGCGCAUAAAACCGUCACAGAACUGGAGUGGCGUUGUUGUCCUGGGUACUCUGGUUACGGUUGUAUGGAGGGACAUCCGGUUUACCAACACCCAAUGAAAAUGAUGCCGCCAUUCAAAGGCCCACCAAUGAAAGGUCCACCAAUGAAAGGCCCACAGUUUAAGGCCCCAAUGCACAAAGGUCCAAUGUUUAAAGGUCCCAUGUUCAAAGGUCCACCUAUCAACAAUGUCAUGAAGGCAAACCCAUGGAGUCAACCCAAGGGACCUCCACCAAGCAGUUUCCACUCUUACCCAAUGCGCCACUUUGGACCCCCCAGCUCCUCCUACCCUGACACUUCCUUUGAGCCUUUUCCACCUCAACCAGAGCCAGAGCCAUUGCCACUGCCAGAGCACCAGGAGCCACAUCACAUAGAACAGGACCAAGAGCACGAGCAUGAACAUGAACACAGCCCAGGGCCUGAGGAGCACACACCAGAGGAAAUCCAUCCCCCUCCCUCUGGGGAGGAGAACCCUGAGGGCCAGACUCUGGACAGUGACACAGAAGAACGAAUAUUUCGUAUGGAGGAGGAUGUGCAACGUCUCAACCAAGGCUUGGAGACACUAAGAGGAACUGUGAAUGGACUGGAAGAUAGCCUACGAGCCUCACUGAGAGAAGAUGCCAACAGGAUGCUGUCAGCUCUGCUUUCAGCUGCCCCUGGUCCUGUUCCUGCUCCAGCUGUAUCCUCUAGUCUGUCCAAUGUUGGCUUUGUUGAGAUUCCUGUAGGAGAUCCCAGCACAGAGGGUCUAGAUGGCAGACAUGUGUUUCCAGGCCUUACAGAACUGAACGGUAGAGUGGAGGAGCUCAGGGCAGAGCUGCAGGCCAAAACAGCAGAGCUUCAGGAACUCAAAGCAACAGUGAUGGGACAUGAUGGAGCACUGAAGAGAAUGUCCACUGGAGCGGGAGUGGUCUCAGAUUCCACUGACAACCUUGCUCCAGGGGCAAUAGAGAAAAAGAUGGAUGCCAAGCUGAGCGAAGCGAGGACAGAAAUUCUUGGCGGGUUUGAGAAGCGUGUGGAGAGUGCAGAAGGUCGAUGUGAGGAGAAAGCUGGGGAUGUGCGUCGUCAGUGCCAGAGGGAACAAAGUGAGAGGCAGGAGCAGAUGGAGGAUGCUCUGGAGGAAAGUAGCACGGACUUAAGAGCAGAGCUGAGAAACCUCCAGACACAGAUUCACGGUUUCAAGGCUAAGGAAAGCUGCUGUAGUAGUAUGACUGGCCUGGUAGAAAGGGUUCAACAUCUGGAAACAGCAGUGGCAGGUCUAAACCAGUCCCAAGGGCACCUGAGUGUGGAGCUGAGUGGACACAGGGACCACAUAGAGGGAAUGCUGGAAGGACGUCUGGGGUAUGUAGAGGACAAGCUCAACUUGACUGGGAAGAUUAAAAGGGAUGAGUCUGGAAUGAGGGUUGGCGUCUUUGACAAAGAAGUGACAGGACAAGGCGUGGAGUCCAGGAUGGAGGCUAAGUUGAAGGCUCUGGAGUACCGUUUACUGACAUCUUUGGAGGAGCUGGGUAAUGCUACUGCCCCUGCACUGCUGGAGGGUCAUGCUGUUCCUGCUCUCGAGACAGAGCUGGAGUCCUUGCAAGAGAGACUCGAGGUGGAUGUGGACAGACUGCAGAAGCAGCUGAGUGGCCUUGAGAAGCUCUGCUACUCCUCCUGUUCCUCACCUCAAAAUACAGCUGCCAUCCAGGGAGACUCUGCUGCACCAAGUGCUAACCUGGAAAAAGAGCAAGAAUUAAAAGAUGCUCUGGACAUGCAAGAUGACCGUUUAAGUCGACUUAAUGCCACACUAAAUGGCAUCCUGAGGUGGCUGACCCAUAAGGAUCAAGCAGAAAGAGGCCAUCCAAUCCAAGGAGAGCUCACAAUCCUCAAGUUCAACGUCAGCACAGUCAACCACACCCUGAAAAGCCUCCAGGAUUCCCUUGGCACAGUGGCCAAGCAGGUGGGUCAAGCCAACAGCUCUUGGCAUGAGAGAGAGGCUCGUCUAGCCCAGCAGAUAAAGGGUGUGGUUCAGCUGGUUGGACAUCAAGCUUCAAUGCUUGGGUCAGGCGAGCGCAGACUGACUCGUCUGAAGGGCGAGCUGCAGGAGAUGAGGCGGCGGCUUGCUGAAGAGGUUCGGGGCUGUCGAAGCACAGCCAUGGGGGUCCAGAAAGAGGUAACUGAGGUUGGAGGGCGGGUUGCCAAUGUGGAGGACAAAUGUAAAGGCCUGACUUUCAUGGCAGAGGACCUGGAGAGAAUCAGGGAGGAGUUGGAGGGACAAUCCAGCGGGCUCCUCCAGCAAGUGAACGGGACUCUUUCUAGCCAUGCUCAGCAGCUGUCUGAGCUGAAAGCUGAACUCAGAAACUGCACCUCCAAACUAGAGCCAACACAACAGACUAUAAAGCUGGAGACAGAGCUGAAACGAGGAGACACCUUCACUUUAAAUUAG